UUAUUAAUUAUUAUUUUUUUUUUACUCAUUACAAUUAAAAAUUAUUAAAAUUAAAUUUGAAGAUAAACAAUUGAUGCCAAACGAACACAUUUUUUCUUCUUCCCGUUGCAUUUCAUCAGAAACAAUGGAUGUAUUGGUUGAACCUAAAGAUGAACUUUUUGAAUUUGAUGAGUUUAAGAUGGAACCAUUGUCACCUUAUUUUGGGGAUGAUAUAAAAUUUAAUACAGAAGCUAGUGAUCUAGAUACUGAUCAUAUGAUGCAAUGGAACAUUGAAUCCUGUUUUGGAAAUGGUAUUGAUUUGGAAAAAAAAUUUACAUCACCUCCAUCAUCUCCUUCUUCAAACGGGUCAAUGCCAAGCGGUGAUUCACAAUCAUCAUUUGAUUCAAACCAAGUAUUACCAAGAAUUAUAUUACCAAAUAUAAAUACUAAUUGUGAUACUAAUACUGUAAUCACUCUUAAUUCUAUGAGUGGAAUUCAAACACUUCCAAAAAUGAAAAUAUCUCCUGCUCCAAUUAAACCAAUUUUAAAUGCAGCUUCUAGAACCAACAAUAUUUUAAUAAAUAAAAAUUUCAAUGUUUCUUCAAUGCUGACUGAUCAAACUAAUCAAUCUCCAGUUACGAUUUCAAAAUCAUUUGCAAAAACUUUCCCACAAAAGAUUAUACUAACUCCAGAUCAAUUUUCAAAAAUAACCAAAUUACAAAAACAAAAACAUGUUGAUUUAAGUGUACCAUCUUCAAUACCAAUAGUAAAAAGUACUGCAGAAGUAAAUAAGAAGACAUUGCCAGCAGUUGAGAUUGAUUUAGCAAAGCCUAAAAAUUCUACUACUACUUUACAAUAUAAUCAAUUAAGUGCAAUAAAACGACAUCAACGCAUGAUACGAAAUCGAGAAGCAGCAAGUUUAUCUCGUAAAAAGAAAAAAGAAUAUGUUACAUCAUUAGAAGAAAAAAUCACCAUAUUGGAAAAAGAAAAUUUGGAAUUGAAAAUUCAAAAUUCAGCAUUGAAGGAAAGGCUCAAAAUUUUUGACAAAUUAUCUUCAAUAACUGACAGACCUAUAAUCAAAAAAGCCAAAAAAGCUACAGCCAUAUUAUCAGUAGUUAUAAUGAUUUCCUUAAAUAUUGUACCAUCAGGGCUUUUCAAUAUAAGACAAUUUGAUAAAUCAGAAAUUCAAAUGAAUCUUGGGAAAGAUUACAAAACAAAAAAUAUUGAAAACAUAAACUUUCAUAGCAGAAAUCUAUUAUGGGUCAGUGAUUUUGAAGAUACUAAUUCGUCAUUAAACACUACUGAACAUUUGAUAUGUCCAACAUUUAUAAAUGUAUCUGAAUCAAAAAGAAUUGAUAGUGAACUCCGAAAAUGGAUUGAACCAAAAAACUUUAAGUUAUUGAAUGAUAACUUAUCAAUGGUUUAUGUAUACAAAAUAAAAGUAUUCUUUGUAGAACUGGGCCUAGGUUGCUAA